AUAUCAACGUGGUGGGCACUGAUCCCGCACGAUGUGAUAGCAUGCUCGACGACAUCAUUGCCGAUUGGGUGUCCUUCGGUGUCGAGGUUCACGAGGUGGCACGAGCCUCGCCGACUUUCACCGGCCAGGGGCGUCUCGUCGACGGAGUGCAGGGCAUGGUGUUCUUGAAGCCCGAGCGCUCCGAGAAGCUCCGGCAAGCCUGCCUCUGGCUAUAGAGCAGGCCGAGGGUCACAGGGCAAGAGAUUGAAAGUUUUGUUGGUCACGUCAUUGAUCACGUUAUGCUUCGGCGUGAGUUGCUAUGUAUUCUCAGGAACCUCUACGAUUUCAUCAGGUGCCACUACACAGAGAGUGCGCCUGUGGCCCUCGGCGGCGCUCGAAGUCUUCCAGUGCCGUUCGCUGAUGCGUACUAUGUUUAGCAACAGCGGUCGCCACAGACGCAUGCCUCUCAGGGAUGGCUGUGGCUACAACCUCCCUUCCUUCCGCCAGCGUUGCGCCCAUCGGAAGAACCAGCGAGAGGUGGAGGUACAAAGUUCCGUCAGCUAUUUCAGCGCGUACGUCUGCGCUGGGCCCCACACUGGACUCCGACGGGAUCGCGACGGAGAUCAACAAGGGGCACCGUCUCGGGGAACAGCUGGAUGUCUUCGGGGACGCCGACACCGUCUUAGGUUUCAAGGGCUCCCACAGCGAGGACCCCUGGGAGCUCAAUCCCGACUUCCGCGAGGUCCCCUUCGAGUUCCUCAGGGAAGAGCUCUGGAGAGAGGUCCUCGCAGCCCCCUUUCACGCAUCGGAGGCCAUUGCUGUCUUGGAGGCCCGGGCCAGCAACGCAGGGUCCAGACAUAUACUUCGGUCCUUCAGGGCCUUCAACAAGCGGCACCUGAAGUUAGGCAACGAACUGGGAGUCAUCCUGGCCCCUUUCCAGAGGCAGAUGUUCGCCUCUUAUUCCAUCGCAGCCAACGUUCGGUUCGAGCGCCGCUGGAUCCCGUCCGAGUUCAACCGGUCCGACCACGGCUCGCGCCGCUGGGAGACCAAGGUAGCCCGCCCACUCGACAAGGCCAGCCAGCGGGGUCGGCCGUUCGAGGGCAGCUCGCGCGAGGAGCGGGCCGCCAGGAGGGCGGUGGCCUCGUGCGAGUUCCACGGCACCCAGGAGGGCACCCAUCCCUUCCUGGAGGUGAACGCUACGGCCCCCGCCACGCAGGACGUCUACUUGGACUGCAAGCUGGAGCUCGAGUGUUUCGUCGUGGCCCGCGCCCUCUCACUGGCGACCCCAGCCGAGGACGACCGUGCGCCGACGAACUCGCCAAGUCUCGCGAGGCCCCUGAUGCUGUGGAUACUGACCUGCCUGGUCGCCCUGAUCAUGAUUGUCAACCUCAAUGCGCCCAUGGCAGCGCUCAUGGCGCUGCCGUUUUUCCUGGCCUACCUGCGCCCGUCCGAGGCGGGGGGCCUGCUCGAGGAGGAUCUGGUGCCCCCGUCGGCGUCGCCCGCCUUCUUCGUGCUGUGCCUCCUCCCCAGCGACCGCGGCGAGGUGAGCGAGGUCAGGAACUCCGACGAGUCGAUCAUGCCCGACUUCGUCGAGGCAGAGUGGCUCGACGAUCUGCCGCGCGCGGUCAAGAGCGGCUCACCGCGACGCCCGCUGUUCAGGUGGGCUUCCGACAAGAGCGUCAGGCGCAAUGAGGCGCACGCGCUCACCCAGCAGCAGGAGGCCACGCCCCCCGCCGCCAUCACCAAGAGGGCCAGGGACCCUCCAGGGCAGCUCGAGCGCCUCCUGCGCGAGAACCUGGGCGGUCAGCGCAAGCGCGGUGCCAGCGGCCGGGCCUCCACGGGCCCGAGGUCCGCCGCGGCGCUUCGGGCCGCGCGCGGUUCCGCCAACCUCUCCAGGGCCGUGUGCGAGCGCGGGCUUGCAGCCGAGGGCUGGGACUACAUCGACGGGGCUCAAGCCGACCUCGCA